UGGGAAAACCCCCAGAGUAAUCAAUCAGUCCAGUGCAUGCAGUACAUACAGGCGACUGAUCAUGGAAGAGAACCCGGAGAAGGCCGAGGCUGGCAAGGGCGAAGCAGGGAAUGAGGAGGAGGAGAUGGAGGAGAGCCCGGCGCACUCUAGCUCUGAGUCAGAGAACGAUUCGGACGGAGACGGCCUCGCCGCCUUCAUGUGGGGACGAAGGUUUCAAGGGCAGCUGCCUCACGACCAAGGGGAAGAAGAACAAAAGGCAGGAAACCCCGAUGAUCUGUACUCGAGCUACGACCGAAAGUUCUUCUGGAGUCACUACGUCGACAGUGGCUUCCCAAACCGGGUUAAUCACGCAGUGUGUCCGUUCCGAGACAAGGACGGGGCCUCCUACGUCUACUCGCUGGGUGGUUACCAUGCCGACGAGGACCAGAGGACGGUGCUGCAGGCCGACGCCCAAGGCGGUCCGUUCUUCAAGAGUUCUCCUAUCGACAUACACUGCCUUGACUUCGAGAAUAAAGUAUGGACGCAGUGUGAGGCUCCUCCUGAGCACAAGUACAUUGACACCACACCCCUAUCAGAGAGCUAGUGUGCCAGGAUGUAGAUAUGGACACACCGUGUGCCAGUACAAGGGAAAGCUGUACAUGUAUGGUGGCCGAAACGACGAAGACGGUUCAUUCUCCGACGUCGACUGCUAUGAUACCGCUCUGAAUGUAUGGGUGAAGCUCCACACAAGUGGAAACGGCCCUAGUUCGAGAGAUGGCCAUGCCUGUUCUCUACUGGACAAUGAGAUGAUUGUUCACGGAGGAUUUGCUUCUAAGGCUAUAAAGUUCAGUGGAGACAUGUAUGCGUUUAACAUGGACCAUCACACUUGGAGAAAGUUUCCGAAAAGGGGGGAGAGAGUGCCUGAGAGGGAUUUUCACUCGGCGACAGUUGUGGGAGACAAGGUGGUCGUGUUUGGUGGACGAAGCGACGUUUUUGCACCGUUUUUCACUGCAAAUGAUAUCUAUCCUCACGAAGUAUUCUACUAUAAUCUCGAAAUAUCUCAGUGGUUCAAAGCCCCAAAGAAGGGUCCCUAUCGUCCUGACGGUAGGCGGAGUCUCGUAUCAGUUGCUGUUGGCGACAGCGUUCUAUACUUCGGCGGCUACAAUGCGACUAAGAAGACUCACUAUGGAGACCUCUUCAUGCUCAAUACCAUUACAUGGGAAUGUAUGGAGAUGAGGGCAUUUGGAGAUGCCCCGCCCCCCAGGAGGAGAGUGGGAUGUGCUCGAAUUGGAACUGACGUCAUGAUAUGUGGAGGGACUAGGUACAUACACAUUCAUCCAUACAUAAUCUCCCUGGUAGCUCGGUUGGUAGAGCGCUCGCCUAGACUGCAGAGUAUCGUGGGUUCGAAUCCCACCCAGGGCAGCUUAUCGUGGGUUCGAAUCCCACCCAGGGCAGCUCUUCUUUUUUCCUUGGAGAAAAAGAGCUGUCCUGGGUGUAGUUGUUUUGUUUGUUGUGCCUUUGCCUUUCUACCUCGUAGUUUUCACACACAUCCACAUUCAUCAUACUGUCUCAGCAUGAGGUAUAUGUAAGUCAGACCAUGGAACAUUCACGUCAACCAUCAAAUUUGUGAGCUUCUUAUAGUGUUUGCCACAAGCCUGCUUUCUAAGGUACCCUUAGCAUCUGUUACAAGACUAUUAUAAUGUACUUGGAAUAGUCUUGAUUAUGUGACCUGUUUUUGUGUGCAUGCAGUCCAAAGACGGUGGAGAAAGAUGGGAAGAGACUAGACGUUCUAUUCGAUCACAGCGACAUGUUCAUACUGCACCUCAAGCUGACCUACUCUGCCAACCAGUGAAGACGAAAACUAGACUGACCGCUAAACCUGAAAUUCCUGUUAAACCUGAAACUCCUGCCAAACCUGAAACUCCUGUUAAACCUGAAACUCCUGCUAAACCUGAAACACCAGAGACUUAAUUAAGAUUACAUCGCCACUACGUCAUAUUUUGCAGUGUAUUAAUUGUGUAUUACUUUUUAGCACUUGGAAAUUAUUUUGCCCAAGUAAACAGCAUGUUAUAAUGAUGAAAAUUAACUGCAUUGUGAAAAACGAUGAACAACCAUCAAACGAAACAGCUGUGUUGGUAACAGGUCUAAAUUUUCAGGAUGUGUUAAUUGUGAUAAUGACCUUCAAGUAUAAUGAGAAAAAGCAAUGAAAACAUUAACACAGGGAAACAGUGGAUUGUGAAAAGAGAUCAAUUGUGAAGGAAAGUUCUAGCGAAGAAUCGUGACAUUUCUUCACGUGGAGAAUGUAUGUUGUAGGAAGCUAGUCCAUCAUGCUACCGCACAUGAGUCUUAUCCUCUUUGGCUGAGGAUCGUGACCUCCGCCCAUCCUGCCCAUCCGUGGUAACAUCCCCUCUUCUUGGUCGUCUCCGAGAGGUCCCUGGUCGUCAUUGAUGUAGUCCUUUGCUCCUCUGACGUAGCGAGAGUGUUUCCUACCCUGAAAUCAGGAGAGAGACAGUCAAUGGCUAUAUAUCCCAUACUACAUGUACACAUAAUUAUGUAUAUACCCUGAAAAUGUUGACUAUGGUGUAUGUAUGCGAAUGCAGGGGUAUUUCUGGCU